CUAGAGAAACAAAAGUCCAGAAUGCUGAGGCUGCCACUCUCACUUCCUCUUGCCCCUCGCCCAGCUCUGCUUUGAAUACAGUAACUUCUGUGGGGCACCGAGCUGGGGAGAGAAGACGCCAGUGCUUCAAGCUGCCCAGUCAGGCCGUUACAGCCUGUCAUGCUUUCCAAGGACGACUGCUGGUCACAGAAAAUGCUGGGAUGAUGCCUGUCUCACGCCUGGCUGGGGCUCUGAUACCAGCCAUGACCUUCCUCUCCUACUUGAGAGUGGAGAGCUGGGAGCCCUGCGUGGAGGUAAUUCCUAACAUUUCUUACCGAUGCAUGGAGGUGAAUCUCUACAAAAUACCUGACAACAUUCCCUCAUCAGCCAAGAACCUGGAUCUGAGCUUUAACCCCCUGAGGCACUUAGGUAGCCAUAGCUUCUCCAACUUCUCAGAACUGCAGGUGCUGGAUUUAUCCAGGUGUGAAAUUCAGAUAAUUGAAGAUGGUGCAUAUUGGGGACUAAAUCAUCUCUUCACCUUGAUAUUAACGGGAAACCCUAUCCAGCAUUUAGCCCUGGGAACCUUUUUUGGACUAUCAGGUUUGCAAAAGCUGGUGGCUGUGGAGAUAAACCUAACCUCUCUAGAGGACUUCCCCAUUGGGCAUCUUAAAACUUUGAAGGAGCUUAAUGUAGCUCACAAUUCUAUCCAUUCCUUCAAAUUACCUGAAUAUUUUUCUAACCUGUCCAACCUGGAACACUUGGACCUUUCCAAUAACCAGAUCCGAAAUAUUUUUCGUAAAGACUUGCAGAUCCUACAUCAAAUUCCUCUACUCAAUCUCUCUCUAGACCUGUCCCUGAACAUGAUAGACUUUAUCCAACCAGGUGCCUUCAAAGAAAUUAGGCUUCAUAAACUGACUUUGAGAAGCAAUUUUGAUAAUAUGACUGUAAUGAAAAUGUGUAUUCAAGGUCUGGCUGGUUUAGAAGUCCAUCAGUUGGUCAUGGGAGAAUUUAAAAAUGAAAGGAACUUGGACAGGUUUGACAAAUCUGCUCUGGAGGGACUAUGCAAUUUGACAAUUGAAGAAUUCCGGAUGGCAUAUGUCAGCGACUUCUCAUCACAUGAUAUUGAUGUAUUUAAUUGCUUGGCAAAUGUUUCUGCAGUUUCUCUGGUGAGUCUGAAUCUAAAUGAGUUAGAAAGAUUUCCUGAAGAUUUCAGAUGGCAAUCCUUAGAACUGGUUAACUGUAAACUUCAACCAUUUCCUGCACUGGCACUUUCCUCUCUGAAAAGAUUUGUUUUAACUGCCAAUAAAAAUAGUAACACUAUUGUCGAGUUUAAACUACCAAGCCUUGAGUUUCUAGAUCUCAGUGGAAAUGUAUUGAGUCUCAGAGGUUGUUGUUCUCAGUCUGAUUUUGGGACAACCAAGCUGAAGUAUUUAGAUCUGAGCUUCAAUAAUGUUAUUGUCAUGAAUUCAAACUUCCUGGGCUUGGAACAACUAAAACAUCUAGAUUUCCGAUAUUCCACCUUGAAACAUGUCAAUGAUUUUCCACCAUUUCUAUCACUCACAAAACUACUUUACCUUGACAUUUCUCACACCCAUAUUCACGUUGUCUUCCACGGCAUCUUUCUUGGCUUGUAUAGCCUCAAAGUCUUAAAAAUGGCUGGCAAUUCUUUUCAGGACAACUUCCUUCCAGAUAUCUUCACAGAUCUGACUGACUUGAUUUUCUUGGACCUCUCUUACUGCCAACUGGAACAGGUGUCCCGAGGAGCUUUUGACUCACUUCUCAGACUACAGGUGAUAAAUAUGAGUUCCAACAACCUCCUGUCCUUGGAUACACUUCCCUUUAAAUAUCUCCACUCGCUUCAAGUUCUAGACUGUAGUUUCAAUCAUAUAGUGGCCUCCAAGGUACAAGAACUACAACAUCUUCCAAGUAACCUAACUCUCUUAAAUCUUACCCAGAAUGACUUUGCUUGUAUUUGUGAGCACCAGAGUUUCCUGCAGUGGGUCAAGGACCAGAGGCAGCUCUUGGUGGAAGUUGAACAAAUGGUGUGUGCGACACCUUCAGACAUGCACGGCAGGCCUGUGCUGAGUUUUAGGAACACCACCUGUCAGAUGAGUAAGACUGUUAUCAGUGCGUCAGUUCUCAGUGUGUUCAUAGUAUCUCUGAUGCUAGUUUUGGCCUAUAAGUUCUAUUUCCACCUGAUGCUUCUUGCAGGCUGCAGAAGAUAUGGUGGCGGCGAAUGCACCUAUGAUGCCUUUGUUAUCUACUCUAGCCAGGAUGAGGACUGGGUGAGGAAUGAGCUGGUAAAGAACCUGGAAGAGGGAGUGCCCCCCUUUCAGCUCUGCCUUCACUAUAGAGACUUUAUCCCAGGUGUGGCCAUCGCCGCCAACAUCAUCCAGGAAGGUUUCCACAAAAGCCGGAAAGUUAUUGUCGUGGUGUCUCAGCACUUCAUCCAGAGCCGCUGGUGUAUCUUCGAAUAUGAGAUUGCCCAGACCUGGCAGUUUUUGAGCAGUCAUGCUGGCAUUAUCUUCAUCAUCCUGCAGAAGGUGGAGAAGUCCCUGCUCCGGCAGCAGGUGGAGCUGUACCGCCUUCUCAACAGGAACACCUACCUGGAGUGGGAGGACAGUGUCCUGGGAAAACACAUCUUCUGGAGACGUCUCAGAAAAGCCCUGUUAGCUGGGAAACCAUGGAAUCCAGAAGGAACAGCAGAUGCAGAGAACAACCAGCUUGAAGCAACAACUUUUACCUGAGGCAAAGAAACUCCUGGGAUGCUUUCCCAUCCAGCUGGGCUCAACACUUGUUCAGCUAAUACCAAAAAAAAAAAAAAAAAACCCACUGCCAUCUAGGCAAUUCCAACUCAUA